ACGAGAGACAGGCGCACCCCUCCACCUGUGCCCAUCUUCACUUUGGACCAGCUGGCAUCUAGUGUUGCGAGAGACAGUGAUGCGAAUGCUCAACUGACACAUUUGGUCCUGUGGCACUAUUUACCCAUUCAACAAGCUAGAACGAUUUAUAACAACAAUGAUGAAAAGAGUGAACCAAAGUAUGUUCCUCUGAAACUACAAGAAUUGCAAGAAAAAAGCUCUGAUGGAGAAUCUGAUGACUCUUCAGUAAAGUCCGUCCGCUUCAGCAAAUUGACAGAGGUUCGGCAAAUGUCAGAAAACGAGGCAGUUGAUGCCAUGAUGUCUCGCCUGUCUUUUUCUGCCUCUGUCCGUGCUGAACAACUGGCUAUGCAGGCAGCAAAUAAAUUAUCUGUUAAGGAAGUUAUGAAAAUAUCUAGUAUAUUUUGUUUAUUGUGGUUUGCAGGCAAUUACAGCUACCAAAUAGCACUUAGCAACACAGAAGCUGGUGUUGUCAAUAUUAUUUCAUCAACAUCUGGAUUGUUUACCUUGAUUCUUGCUGCCAUAUUUCCAUCAUCCUUAACAGACAAGUUUACUCUCUCCAAAUUGGCCUCAGUUCUUCUUAUGGUUGCAGGUGUGGUUUUUGUUAGUUUGGAAGACCUCAACCUUGAAAGUUCAGUUGUGCCUGUUGGUGUGGUAUGGUCAAUAGCUGGAGCUAUUCUUUAUGCCUGUUACAUGGUCUUCCUGAAGCACAAGGUUCCAACUGAAGAUCGUAUGGAUUUUACUAUGUUCUUUGGAUUUGUGGGCUUUUUCAAUACCAUCAUUCUGUGGCCCGGGUUCCCCCUGUUGGAUGUUUUUGGAUGGGAGACAUUUCAGUUGCCAAAUCUGCAACACCUGUUCUACAUGUCUGUUAAUGGCUUAGUAGGAACUGUCCUGUCUGAACUUCUUUGGCUUUGGGGAUGCUUCCUUACUUCAUCAUUGAUGGCUACUUUAUCUUUGAGCUUAACUAUUCCCUUGACAAUGUUUGUGGACAUCUGGCUCAAGGGCAUCAAGUAUUCACUGCUAAUUUAUAUUGGUGCAAUUCCCAUGAUGACAUCUUUUAUUGCUGUCUCACUUCUCACACAUUAUGAAAGCUGGGACCCAUUGAUGGAUGGAAUGAAAUAUCUUCAUAGAAAGUGUUGGAGAAGAAACCACAUGUACAGGUAAAUUUAACUUUAUAUAAUUUGAAGCUGAUGGUAUACAAUAUUAAAGAA